AUGGGUGCAUUUUUGGAUAAACCCAAAACUGAGAAACAUAAUGCUCAUGGUGCUGGGAAUGGUUUACGUUAUGGCCUGAGCAGCAUGCAAGGAUGGAGAGUGGAAAUGGAAGAUGCACACACAGCUGUUGUAGGUAUUCCUCACGGCUUGGAAGACUGGUCAUUUUUUGCAGUUUAUGAUGGUCAUGCUGGAUCCCGAGUGGCAAAUUACUGCUCAACACAUUUAUUAGAACACAUCACUAAUAAUGAAGACUUCAAGGCAGCUGCAAAAUCAGGAUUUUCUCAUGAGCCUACAGUGGAAAGUGUCAAGAAUGGUAUCAGAACUGGCUUUUUGAAAAUUGAUGAAUUCAUGCGUAACUUUUCAGACCUCAGAAAUGGAAUGGACAGGAGUGGUUCAACUGCAGUGGGAGUUAUGAUUUCACCGAAGCAUGUCUACUUUAUCAACUGUGGUGAUUCACGUGCUGUUCUGUGUAGGAAUGGACAAGUCUGCUUUUCCACCCAGGAUCACAAGCCUUCCAAUCCAAGGGAGAAGGAGCGUAUCCAAAACGCAGGAGGCAGCGUAAUGAUACAGCGUGUUAAUGGUUCAUUAGCAGUGUCUCGUGCUUUGGGGGACUAUGAUUACAAGUGUGUUGAUGGCAAGGGCCCAACAGAACAACUAGUUUCUCCAGAGCCUGAGGUUUAUGAACUUUUAAGAGGAGAAGAUGAUGAAUUUAUCGUUUUGGCUUGUGAUGGGAUCUGGGAUGUUAUGAGUAACGAGGAGCUCUGUGAUUAUGUUAAAUCUAGGCUUGAGAUAUCUGAUGACCUGGAAAAUGUUUGCAAUUGGGUAGUGGACACUUGUUUACAUAAGGGAAGUCGCGAUAACAUGAGUAUUGUACUAGUUUGCUUUCCAAAUGCCCCCAAGGUCUCAGAUGAAGCAGUGAGAAAAGAUGCAGAGUUGGAUAAGUACUUGGAAUCACGGGUUGAAGAAAUUAUGGAGAAGUUUCGUGAGGAUGAAAUGCCUGAUCUUGCCCAGGUCAUUCGCAUCUUGUCUGCAGAAAAUAUCCCAAAUUUGCCUCCUGGGGGAGGUCUUGCUGGCAAGCGCAAUAUUAUUGAAGCUGUUUAUAGUAAGCUGAAUCCACAUAGAGAAAAUGAAGCGGCCUCCGAUGAUGCAGAGGAGAGUGGAUCACAGGGAAAAUUGGUGGAAGCUCUCAGGCAAAUGAGAAUUAAUCAUAGGGGAAACUACCGACAACUUCUGGAGGAGAUGCUGUCUAGUUACAGGCUAGCUAAAGUAGAGGGAGAAGACAGCCCUGCUGAACCAGCUGCUGCAGCUACUUCCUCGAACAUUGAUGCUGGAAACCCAGUGACAAUGCAGGAAAGCCAUACUGAAUCAGAAAGUGAUCUUGCUGACUUAGACAGCUGUAAUGAAGAUGCAGGGACAAACAUGGGUGAUGAAAAAGUAUGA